UCCCUCCCCUCAGCUCCGUUCCCUCCCUCCCCGGCGCGCCCGUCGGGUCCCGGCUGUCAGCUGCUCUCCCGGCGCUGCCCGUUCCGUCUCCUCAGCCGGCCGGCGGCUCCGUUAAGCGGCGGCGGGUUCCCGCUACCGUCUCCUCGCCGCCCCGUGCGUGCCCCCCACCUCUCAAGCCCCCCCCCCCCUCUCCUCUCGCCCCUCUCCCUCCCUCCACCCGUUCGCCCCGGCCUCUCCCCGCGCCCGGCACCCUUAGCGACCGCAUCGUGGGCCCCGCCAGCGGCGCCGGCACUCGGAGAGUUACCUCUUCAAAAUGAAAGUGAGGAAGAAGAGUCACCGAAAAUACAAAUUUGAACAGUAAUUAUUGCUGCUAAGUAUUAAUUUUAAAGGCUGAUGGACUAGCAGGAUUCCUUGUUAACCUCCAUGCCCAUGAUGCAGUUGUGUUUAUUUCCUGCUGCCACUGAGAGGGUCUUCUAUGGACUUUGAAAUACUCUGACAGCUGAAUUCCCAGAGCAGUAUUGAAAUGGAAUCAAAAAAAUGUAAAAGAAUGUAAGAGAAGAAUGAUGCGAAAUUAAUGCUCUCUGCGUACAGUCCCAUAAGGAGCUUCUCUCAGGAGCUGCAGUAAAACAAACCCUGAGAAUCAAUGUUCUCCAGUACAAUGUGGUGAAGCAGAGGAACUGCAAUUGUCUGCUUUGGGACAGGCUGAGGACUGAAAAUGUUUGCUAUUUUGUGAGCAGAAGGAGUUCUGGAGUGAAUUGGAACUUCUGAAAAUGCGGCCAUGGACUGGUUCUUGGCGUUGGAUUAUGCUCAUCCUCUUUGCUUGGGGGACUUUGCUCUUUUAUAUUGGUGGACACCUGGUAAGGGACAGUGAGCACCCAGAGCACUCCAGUCGGGAGUUAUCCAAGAUUCUUGCUAAGCUUGAACGUUUAAAGCAGCAAAAUGAAGACUUAAGGAGGAUGGCAGAAUCUCUCAGGAACCAGAUGUCCCAUUGACCAGGGUCCAGCUGCAGGAAAGUACAUGCUUUAGAAGAGCAACUCUUAAAGGCCAAAGAACAGAUAGAAAUUAUAAGAAGAGGACAACAGAUGGUAGAGGCCUUGGAAAAGACCAUGAAUUGAGGAGAAGGAUGAAAAUGGGGCUAAGAACUUUGGUUUUCCUCCCAGAGUGAACUGAAGAAGUUGAAAAAUCUAGAAGGAAAUGAACUGCCAAGACGCAUUGAUGAAUUUCUGUCUGAUUUGGGUCAUCAGGAAAGGUCAAUAAUGACUGACUUGUACUACCUCAGUCAAACAGAUGGAGCAGGAGACUGGCGAGAAAAAGAGGCCAAAGAUCUAACAGAUUUGGUACAGAGGAGAAUAACUUAUCUACAGAACCCCAAGGACUGCAGCAAAGCCAAGAAACUGGUGUGCAAUAUCAACAAAGGCUGUGGCUAUGGCUGUCAGCUUCAUCAUGUCGUCUACUGCUUUAUGAUCGCCUACGGCACCCAGCGCACCCUCAUCUUGGAGUCUCAGAACUGGCGUUAUGCUACUGGGGGCUGGGAGACUGUGUUCAGGCCUGUCAGUGAGACAUGUACUGACAGAACAGGCACAACCACAGGACACUGGUCAGGUGAAACUAAUGAUAAGGAUGUCCAAGUGGUGGAACUUCCCAUUGUGGACAGCUUACACCCAAGGCCACCCUACUUGCCCCUGGCUGUCCCUGAAGACCUGGCUGACAGGCUGAUCCGUGUCCACGGGGACCCUGCAGUGUGGUGGGUCUCACAGUUUGUCAAGUACCUGAUUCGUCCCCAGCCUUGGUUAGAAAAAGAAAUAGAGGAAGCCACAAGGAAACUUGGUUUCAAGCAUCCAGUGAUUGGAGUUCAUGUCCGGAGGACAGACAAAGUGGGGACAGAGGCAGCAUUUCAUCCCAUUGAGGAGUACAUGGUACACGUUGAGGAGCGCUUCGAACUUCUGGCUCGCAGAAUGCACGUUGAUAAAAAAAGAGUGUACUUGGCUACAGAUGACCCUUCCUUGCUGCAGGAGGCAAAAUCCAAGUAUCCCAAUUAUGAAUUUAUCAGUGAUAACUCCAUCUCCUGGUCAGCAGGACUCCACAACAGAUACACUGAGAACUCCCUCAGAGGUGUUAUUCUGGAUAUUCACUUUUUGUCUCAGGCAGACUUCCUGGUCUGUACAUUUUCAUCCCAGGUGUGUCGAGUUGCCUAUGAAAUUAUGCAGACCUUGCAUCCAGAUGCUUCAGCAUAUUUCCAUUCUUUGGAUGAUAUCUACUACUUUGGGGGACAGAAUGCCCACAACCAGAUUGCUAUUUAUGCUCAUCAUCCACGAACUGCUGAUGAAAUUCCUAUGGAACCUGGAGAUGUAAUUGGAGUAGCUGGAAACCACUGGGAUGGUUACUCAAAAGGCAUCAAUAGGAAAUUGGGAAGAACAGGCCUGUACCCAUCCUAUAAAGUUAAGGAGAAAAUUGAGACAGUCAAGUAUCCUACGUACCCAGAGGCUGACAAAUAGAGGAAGAGGAAGACACUCAGCAGUAAUUCUCAUUUUUGAUUGGGUUGACCCAGUCAACAAACUAACUAUUGAUUUAUAUGGCAUUUGAAUUUGCAUUUUAACAUGCAGUGAAAAUCAAAGCCUUUAGCAGUGAAAUUGGAAAAGAAGCUGAGAACAAAUGGAUGGGCUGUUAUCUGAACAUACUCUCAAACCUUUUUUGUUAUAUGCACUCUCACACAUGCACACAGAAAGCAGCAGACAAGGAGAAGCUGUUAUUUUAUACUUCUGUCUCUUUUCAGGAUUUGUCCCAGCCAUUAGUCUGAAGUGAGCUUUGUGCUCUUCUCUCUGCCAUUUCUUGACAAGGAUGUUCAGACUCAGAACACUGCCACAUUGUGUAAUUUGAGUGACAUGAACAAAUAUUUUGUAUGUGCAAAAUUUAAAACAUGGUGCCUAUAUUUGAAAAACUUGUGACCUUUUUAGAAGAGCCAUGUCUGUUCCACAAUGGGCAAGGGUCAAUCUCCAGCUGGUGUUACCACGACCACUGAACUUGCUUCAAAUGACAGAUCCAGAUUUCCAACUAGAUUUCUUUAUGAGUUUAUUUUUAGCAUUCCAUUGAUUACUUCUCAUCAUUAAUAAAAUAAAGGAUUCAUUCAACAAUAAAAUAGUCACUGUCUGGUAGGAACUUUUGUAAACGAUGCCAUGAACGGAUUCUUUAUAACUGAUCAUGUUUCUGGACAUUGCCUUUGAUUAAAAAAAAAAAAAAAAAAAAAAGCCACAAAACCCACAAAGGAAGAAGUAGCUGAAGUUUCAUUUGAAUUUUUAAACACACAUAAUCUAGUACAAUAACUUAUAGUGGCACACAGGGUUUCUCAGCUCUGUGAGUUUCAGCAGGAUUACUUCAGUGGCUCAGUUUCUGAUAUUUAUUCUCCAGCACUGUUCUUUCUGUGUUUCUCUUUCCAAAACAUUUUUUUUAGGGUAUUAGAGAUGGCCAUUUAUCAUUUUGGCAUUGAAUGUAGUUGCUUUUAAGUGAAAUAUUUCCAAGCUAUUCCGUUUAUUGAACCUGUCAGUCUAGACUACUCUGAAACAAUUUACCCCAAAAAUAGUAGUUUCCAAGAAAAUAUACACAAGGAUGAAUUUUUAUGCAUGACAUAAAAUUGUCAGUAAUUCUUAGUGUUUUGAAAUCUGUUGUUGCUAGUCUGCCCUCUAUUAAGAAAGGAGAUAAUUUACAGGACAGGUUUGCAAAGAAAUUUGUAGAUUUGGGGGUUGUGUGUGUAUAUAUAUUUAAAAAAAGAAUAAGUUAAGAAGAGAUUAUUUCCAAAUAAAAAAUAUUUAUAGUGUAAUACAGGCUGUAGUGAAAUCCACUCUGGAAUACUGGAAGUGCAGGCAAUGUUUUCUGUUCAGACACAGAAAAUGCCACAAAAUUAAAGAUAAAAGAGCAUGGUUGGUUGACCUUAGCAAAGCAAACAUCAAAAGGAUGUUUAACUGCAGUUAUGAAUUGACCAAAGACAGUGUUGAUGCAGUGGAUGGAUGCACUUGGCCACAGAUACAUUUGAGGCUGAAAAGUAAAAGGAAAUCUCUGAAAGUUCAGCUAACAGUCUCCCAGUUGAGUAAGGUGAUGAGAAGGAUGGAACUUGGUUUGUAAAGGAGUUAACAAAGCAGUUCUCUGACUUGACUUGCAGGGCUGAUCCUGUAGGUCCCUUCCAGUUAUGAGUUCCUCAACUAAAAAGCUAUUUUGGAUCUUGAAAAAGAAAAAUUAAAGUUGAAAACUGCUG